AACUGACAAGUAUUAUGGAUGACGCAUACUUCUAAAAAAGUAGUGAAUAGAAAAUAAUGCGAUUUUGUUAUAAAAUCUACGCGUAAUAAGACAAUAUUCACAAUAUUUAAAGGUAAUUGUAUGUUUAGGAUAAUCUUAUAAAGCAAAAUGAGUUUUCUAGGGAAGUUGUUCGGUGGAAAAAAGGAAGAAAAGGGACCCACGACACACGAAGCUAUACAAAAGUUACGUGAAACUGAAGAACUAUUAGUCAAGAAACAAGAGUUCCUGGAGAGGAAGAUUGAAUUGGAGAUACAGACUGCUAGGAAAAAUGGUACCAAGAACAAACGAGCGGCAAUUGCUGCACUUAAACGUAAGAAGCGAUAUGAGAAACAACUGAACCAGAUUGAUGGCACACUUACACAAAUUGAGGCACAGAGGGAAGCACUGGAGGGUGCUAAUACUAAUGCACAGGUGCUUAACACUAUGAAGGAUGCUGCAAAUGCCAUGAAAUUGGCUCACAAGGACAUUGAUGUGGACAAAGUGCACGAUAUCAUGGAUGAUAUUGCAGAGCAGCAUGAUAUUUCCCGUGAGAUCACAGAUGCUAUCAGCAACAAUGUAGCCUUCCCCAACGAAAUUGAUGAGGAUGAACUGGAGAGGGAACUGGAGGAGUUGGAACAGGAGGAACUUGACAAAGAGAUGAUUGGAAUCAGUGUGCCUGCAGACAACCUGCCAGACGUGCCGGCCACUGAGCCAGUGCCAGCAAAGGCCAAACCCAGCAAGCAAAAGCAGGAAGAUGAUGAUGAGGACUUCAAACUACUCAAAUCCUGGGCUACAUAGACGUUUCUCAUAUAAGCUGAUGUUUGUGAUAUUUUCAGCUAUACAUUCUUAAAUCUGAAUAAUCUAUCCAUCGCUACACAAUUAUGAUUUUCUCAUAUGAUAAACUAUACCAUUUUAACUGUGUAUCUAAUAAAUUGGCCCGACUGGUUAA